AUGCAAAACGAGGUUGCCAAGGCGAAUGACCGCGCCACGGCGGCGCCGACGACGCGGGAAGUACGCGACGUGCAUCUGCAGCCGCUCGCGAUCGCAGCGUUUAUCGCGUGGCUCGCUAUCACCGUCAACUCGUUAUUGGACCCGAUCAAAACACUGUACGGGUACUAUAUCUACAUGGACAGCUACAACCAGUACGUCGUGUGGCAGCUCACGAUCGAGAAUACCUUCAACAAUAUCUCGUCCAAAAUCUGCUCACCGAAUGGACCGUUCCUCGACUGCUACUUUGAGCUACCAGUGUACGGCACCGGGUCGCUCGCGGGCGCCACCUGCCGAUCGUACUACCCCAUCGACAAGGCUCCCACGCAGCACGUUGGCAACUUCUUUGGCAACUGCACGCUGCCGUCCGGCGAGCGCAUCGACAUCCCCGACGGCGUUCGAUUUGUCUCGACGCAGUGGUCGGCGACAGCUUUGCGUGCGACGCUUACACCACAAUGA